AUACUAGUUUUACUUUUUUUUAAAGAUUUUCAUGUGAUUCAAACCAAACUAGAAGAUUUAACACGUAUACAUGAUGAAGUUAUCCCUAAAAAUAUACUUGAGCAAUUUGAACGACGUUUGAAACAGUGGAAAGAAGAUGAUAAAAUGUUUUUCAGUACAGCAGCAGAGAAACCAGUUAUGACAAGUAUUUUGACAGAAAAUUGUGUAGCAAUUGUUGGAAAUUCUGGUACAGGAAAAACAUUUCUGUCGCAUCAUGUUGCACUUACGAUGAGGGACCAAGGCUAUAUUAUAAUUCCGUGUGAAGGCCCCGGUGAUAUCAGACAAUGGUUUAAACAUGGAAGGAAAACAUUAUUUGUCUUUGAUGACGUUUGUGGGCGGUAUACACUUAAUCAACAGAUGUUCAACGAAUGGAAACAAAGACAGGCACACAUUAAAUCUCUGCUUGAAGACAAAUGUUGUAAAAUUAUACUAACGUGUAGGCUGGAUGUUUUUAAAGAAGAACAAUUUAACAGUCUGUCUAUUUUCAAAACGUGUAUUAUUGAUUUAAGUUCACAAGAACUAAGACUCAGUACUGCUGAAAGAUUUGCAAUAGCUAAAAUGUACUUUGGAGAAAGUGCGAAUAAAGUUACAGAAUUGUCAGAAAAAUAUGAUUUUUUCCCGCUUUUAUGUAGUUUAUAUCAUAAGCAGAAACUCAAGAAAUAUAUCAAUAUAAGUAUUUUUUUCAGCAAUCCAUUUGAUGUUUUUCAAAGCGAACUUCAGAACUUGUAUAUGGAAGGGAAUACUGGUAAGAUGAAAUAUUGUAGCUUGGUCCUUUGUGUGAUGUUUAACAAUACAUUAAAAGAAGAAAAUUUCUCAAUAAAAUAUAAAAAGGAAGGGGCAGUAAUAGAAGAUUUACUGGAUAAAUGCGAAUUAAGUAUUGAAACGUCAAUGGAACGUUUAAGAAAAUCCCUCGAAACUCUCGAAGGUACAUAUGUAGUAAAGGACAACGGAACAUACAAAAUAAUCCAUGAUAAGUUGUUUGAUUUUCUGGCAAAAUACUUUGGGGAGAAGAUGAUUCAGCUCUUCAUUGACCAUGCCAAUACUGGAUUCAUACGCGAGAGAUUUAUAUGUGAGACAGAAGAUAACAUAGACACAGAUAUACAGUUUGCUAUAAGAAUACCCGAAAACAAAAUCAACAGAUAUAUAGAAAGACUCGUUGAGGACUGGGAGAAUGGUUUUGUAGACAACGUAUUCGAUAACAGAAACAUGCAUUCUUCUACAUUCAAAAAGAAGUUUAUAAACAAAUUAAACAAGCUUGAUCUUUCAAAACAAGAAGAACUUGCUUGUAAACACGAUAUAAAGAGUAAAGAUAUAGCACUUGGAGGAAGCUGUUAUGUGGGUUUUAUUGACCUUGUAAGAUGGUUAAUUAGUAGGAAAAGUGACAUUAAUUAUUGUAAAGAGGAUGGUUGCUUUCCUUUAUUUUGGGCAAGUCAGGAAGGACAUAUUGAUGUUGUUGAAGAACUACUGCAACAAUAUGCAGAAGUAAAUCAAUAUAACAACAAUGGUGUAUCAUCUCUGCAUAUAGCAAGUCAAAAUGGACAUGUUCAUGUUGUUAAAGAAUUGUUAAAAUAUUCAGCAGAAGUUAAUCAGUGUAACUUUAGUGGUGUAUCCCCUCUGUAUAUAGCAAGCCAGGAUGGACAUGUUGAUGUUGUUAAAGUACUAUUACAACAUUCAGCACAUGCCAAUCAAUGUAUGAUUAACGGCGUAUCGCCUCUGUGGCAAGCAAGUCAGAAUGGACAUGUUGAUGUUGUAAAAGAACUGUUACAACAUUUAGCAGAAGUAAAUCGUUGUGACGAGGAUGGUUACUCACCUCUGUAUAUAGCAAGUCAGGAAGGACAUGUUGAUGUUGUUAACGAACUAUUACAAAAUUCGACAGAAGUAAAUCAGUGUGCCAAAAAUGGUACAUCGCCCCUGUGGAUAGCAAGUCAGAAUGGACAUGCUCAUGUUGUUAAAGUUCUGUUACAAAAAUCAGCAGAUGUCAAUGUUUGUAUAAAUAAUAACAUCACACCGCUGCUUAUUGCUUGCUACUAUAACAGAACGGAGGUUGUACGUGAACUUCUGAAGUGUAAAAAUGUUGAUAUUGAUAUCUGUGAUAGCAAUGGAUGCUCUUCAAUUUAUAUAGCAAGUCAACAAGGCCAUGUUGAUGUUGUAAACGAACUAUUGCAACAUGCAGCGAAAGUUAACAAAUGUAAAAAUAAUGGUGCAUCACCUUUGUAUAUAGCAAGUGAGAAUGGAUAUAUCAAUGUUGUUAAAGAACUGUUACAACAUUCAGCACAAGUGAACCUGUGUGAUAUUGAUGGCGUGUCACCUCUGUAUAUAGCAAGUCAGAAUGGCAAUGUUGAUAUUGUUAUAGAAUUGUUAAAACAUUCAGCAGAAGUAAACCUAUGUGACAAUAAUGGUGUAUCCCCUCUCUCUAUAGCAUGUCAGGAAGGACAUGUUAAUGUUGUUCAAGAACUGUUACAAUAUUCCGCAGACGUGAAUCAGUGUGACAAUGAUGGUAUAUCACCUCUGACUGUAGCAAGUCAGAAUGGACAGGUUGGUGUUGUCAAAGAACUGUUACAACAUUCAGCGGACAUAAAACAGUGUGACAAUGAUAGUGAUUCACCUCUGUAAAUAGAAAGACAGAAAUGACAUGUUGAUGUUGUAGAAUAAUUGUUACAACAUAAAGCAAAUGUCAAUACCUGUGCCUUUAAAUGUAGACAUUCUUUAAGUGCAGCUCAGGGCCAUAGACUCUUGGAGAUAUUAUCAUUACUAUUUAGUAAAGGUGAAAAUCAGCAUUGAUGCCACAAUGUUGAAUUUCCAGAAUUAAUUUGUCUUCAAUUCUCUGUAGCAACCAAGGAAAAAUUUACCUCAAAAUGACCAAAAUUCAAUAACGAACAUCUCAGUUUUUAUUGCAGAUAGCUUUGAUUGCUUAUCAUAAAAAAACAGUAGAAUAUGAUUGAUAAAAAUAAAUUAAACAAAGUAGAUCAUAUACGGUGACGUACUGCAAAGAAUAUUUCAGCCAAUUACUACAUAAUAGGUAAUUUGAAUCUUUGACAAAAAAAAAGUAAGAUUUGACCGAAUUAUGGCCCCUCAAUUUUUUUUGGAUAGAAAUAUAGCUAAAACAUGACUCACUACACGUAAAGAUUGGGUAUUCAGCUAAUCGUCAAUGAAAAAAUA